AUGAAUAUGAAUACACAAAUAGUAAGUUCUCUGAUUGAAGAAGUCAACCAAACUCCUAAGCGAAUCUGGAUGACUGCAUUUAUUUUCUGUUUUUUGGUUUUGUUAUGUGAUGGUGCUGAUAUUGGAAUUUUAGCAUUCACCUUGACAAGCAUAAAAGCAGAAUUCGAUUUAACAAGUGUGCAAGCUGGUGCAUUAGGCAGUUGGUCAAUUUUCGGGAUGGCGAUUGGUGGUUUAUUGGGUGGCUGGGCAAGUGAUCGUUUCGGACGCGUUCGUAUCAUUGUCAUUUCAACUAUCUCGUUUGCUAUUCUUUCCUCAUGUACUGGUUUUGCACAAUCUUAUGAUCAGGUUGUUAUAUUGAGAACGUUGACCUGUUUGGGUUUAGGGUGUUUAUAUAUCACUUGUAAUACCCUGAUGUCAGAACUUGUGCCAACUAAAUAUCGUACAACUAUCUUAGCCACUCUAAUGACAGGUUAUACAUUGGGCUCACUAGUGAUUACAGGGUUAUCAGGUUGGAUCAUUCCUGAAUUUGGUUGGCGGAUAUUGUACUUUAUUACAAUUAUUCCUUUAGUUUUGGGGAUUCUCAUGUUCUUUUUAGUACCUGAACCAGAAUCAUGGAAAAAAUCGCGUGCUUUUAAGCUUGAAAAUCCUGAUGCAGGUAUUGUUAAAAAAGGACAGAACCCAUAUAUCGCAUUAUUCAAAGAUAAAAAGCAUGGAAAAAUGAUGAUGUUAUGGUCAUUUAGUUCGGGUUUUCUUUUAUUUGGAUAUUUUGGUGUCAGUAAUUGGUUACCUUCAUAUCUAGAAGCAGAACUGGGUAUAAGUUUUAAGAAAAUGGCAGUUUAUAUGAUUGGCACAUUCUUGACUAUGAUGUUUGCCAAAGUGAUUGCAGGUUUUAUAGCAGAUCGUAUUGGCCGUCGUAUUGUAUUUGCCUUUGGGACUAUGGGUACAGCGAUCUUUAUUCCAAUAGUAGUGUAUUUCCAUACAUCUGAAAACAUCGGUUGGUUAAUGCUGAUUUUCGGCUUUCUUUAUGGUAUUCCUUACGCGAUUAAUGCCACAUAUUUAACAGAAAGUUUUCCAACUUCGAUUCGCGGUACAGCCGUAGGUGGCGCAUUUAACGUUGGACGAAUUGGAGCUAUUCUUGCGCCAAUUACUAUUGGUUACUUAGCAUUACAUGACUCAAUUGGUGCAGGGUUAUAUGAUCCACAAAGGGCUGAAUGA